AUGCCAUCAUCGCCAUCCAGGGACGGACAAGCCACGCCCUCACACCAGUCCCAAACCUCUCUUCCCUCCAUCCACCAACUACACCCCGACCUGCCUCCAUCCGGUGGUAUGUCCCAGCGUAUGUGGCCCGGAGACACAUCUAGCUAUGGCUACGCAGCGCCCGCCCAAUAUGCACCUCAUGUUGACGCUGGCCCCUCUCCGUCGCUGUUUGGAGGUAGCGGUCAGCGCGAAUCAGAGCUGUACGGAGGCGUGGACUCAGAUGGAGACGAUUAUGAUCACGGUCCGCCCAAGAAGAAGCGGCGCAGACAGGCUUUGAGCUGUACGGGUAAUUACAACUCUUCAUCUCUUCGUUAUACGUGA